AUGGUCAAUGCAGGAGAAGUUUCUGCAAUAAACAGCUACGUUUUUGGUGGUAUAUCAAUUUGCCUUAACUCCUUUUUAAUUUCGGUCAUCUGUUAUCGAUCAGUGGAAGUUAUGGGUUCGUACAAAUAUAUGAUGAUCACUUCUGCUAUACUGGACCUACUAUUUAGUGCUCUAUUUAUUGUUGCAUGCCCGGUUUCUUCUGAGCGUUUUCAUGCUGACCAAGGCACUUCUUGCCCGUCCAUUGAGACAUUUGCCGCUAUGGAAAAAUUGUCUUCGCUGUUAAUCGUUAAAGGAGGAAUACCACUUCCCAUGUCUUGGGCAAGAUUAACGUUGAUUUUCUUUAUAUUUCUGCUAUGUCAGUCUAUUGUAACUCCUCCGUGUCUUUUUGUUUUUCGAUAUCUUCAAAUUUGCAAAACAAAAUUCUUAGCUCAACACUACCGCUCCUUGCGAUAUCUACUCAUUCUUCCUUUAUUUAUUUCAAGUUCUUCUUGUGCACUGAUGUGUUUUGCUGCUUGGCCGACUCAGUUUGAUCUUGCGUACUUCCAAGGAAUCGCAAUGAAAAUCCACGUUCAACGAAAUGCCACCUUCUUGGUUGCAAUGCUAAAAAAUGAAAAAGGUUUCGACAGUCCAUUCAAUAUUGUUCAAAGCAAAACAAUGCUGAUAACAUCUAUAUAUUUGAUUAUCAUGAUGGUGUCUGCAUUGUCAAUUAUGUUGUACUGCACAAAACGGAUUAUGAUAGCAGCUCGAGCUGGUUCCAAUGAAAAGACUCGAAAACUACAAAUGCAACUUUACAAAACGCUGAUAGCUCAGGUAGAGUAA